AUGGCCUCAAAUGUACCCAAGCUACAGCAAGUUCAGGCCUCUGCGGGCCGGGACGCUGUGCUGACGGCUGUCCGGCAAGACGGUGCUGUCAUCAUCAAAGGACUGUUCACUAAAGACCAAGUCCGCCGUCUGAAUGAAGAGGUGCAGCCUUUUGUAGACAAUAUGGGAGUGGGCUCUAACCACACGGAAGACUGGGUCAAGGAGUUCCAUGGAGAUAAUACAAAGCGCUUGAAUGGCGUGGUCGCACUAAGCAAGACUUUUCGCCACGAGAUUCUGGAGAGCGAAUUGAUUCACCAGGUGUGCGAGGACAUCUAUCUCAAGGAUGCCGGCGGCUACUGGAUGAACUCUGCUCAAGUCAUCGACAUAGGGCCAGGCAGCAAGGCCCAGCCGCUCCAUAGAGACCAGUGGCAGUUUCCCAUAUUCACGCGCUGCGGUCCCGAUGCGCCCGAGGCCAGCAUCAACUUUGUCGUGGCCUUGACGGACUUUAGCGACGAGAAUGGGGCCACCAGAGUCAUCCCCGGCAGUCACAAGUGGGACGAUUUUAGUCGGAACGGGACGCCAGAGGACACCAUUCCCGCGGAAAUGGAAGCCGGCGAUGCAUGCUUCAUUACCGGAAAGGUUGUGCACGGCGGCGGCGAGAAUAGAACCAAGGACUCUACAAGGAGGGGCAUCACUCUGGUUUUUCAGUGCUCGUACCUCACGCCUGAGGAGGCCUAUCCUUUCAUCAUCAGCAAGGAGCUCGCCAGAACUCUCAGCCCGCGCGGUCAGCGUAUGAUUGGUUUCCGAUCUCAGUUUCUCAAGGACAGUCCCGGGGUUUGGAAGCGCAACUAUGGAGACAUGGAUGAGGUACAUUGUUAA